CAUCGUGGUGAUACACCCUGGCUCGACGACUCUGCGGCUCGGGAGGGCCACGGACACGCUUCCCGCUGGCAUUCCAUUCCCCAUGUCAUCGCGCGGCGGCACAAGCAGCAGGGACAGGCGGCCUACAGAGACAGCUGGCUCCUGAGGGACGGGCUCAACAAACCUGAAAGUACUGAGCAGAGACAAAAUGGCCUUAAAAUGGUGGACCAAGCAAUAUGGUCCAAAAAGAUGUCAAAUGGCGCAAGGCGUAUACCGGUGUCACCUGAUCAGGCCAGGUCAUACAACAGACAGAUGCGGCCAGCUAUUUUAGAUCACAGUUCUGGGGCCAAGUGGACAAACACAUCAAAUCAUCCUGAAUUUUUGGUAGGAGAAGAGGCACUGUAUGUUAAUCCACUAGAUUCUUAUAAUAUACAUUGGCCUAUUAGAAGAGGGCAGUUGAAUCUCCACACAGGCCCUGGUGGCUCCCUCACUGCAGUAUUAGCAGACCUUGAAGUUAUAUGGUCACAUGCAAUACAAAAAUACCUGGAAAUACCAUUGAAAGACUUAAAGUACUACAGAUGCAUUUUACUAAUUCCAGACAUCUAUAAUAAACAACAUGUGAAAGAACUGGUAAAUAUGAUCCUAAUGAAGAUGGGCUUCUCAGGAAUUGUUGUACACCAGGAGUCUGUCUGUGCUACCUUUGGAAGUGGUUUAAGCAGCGCAUGUAUAGUAGAUGUGGGAGAUCAGAAGACAAGUGUUUGCUGUGUGGAAGAUGGUGUUUCCCAUCGCAACACCAGGCUGUGCCUUGCAUAUGGAGGAUCUGAUGUGUCAAGGUGUUUUUAUUGGCUUAUGCAACGAGCAGGAUUCCCAUACAGAGACUGUCAGUUAACUAAUAAGUUGGAUUGCCUGCUGCUUCAGCACUUAAAGGAGACAUUUUGUCAUCUAGACCAGGAUAUUUCUGGAUUGCAAGACCAUGAGUUCCAGAUUCGUCAUCCGGAUUCUCCAGCUUUAUUAUACCAGUUCCGAUUAGGAGAUGAAAAAUUACAGGCUCCAAUGGCUCUGUUUUAUCCAGCAACAUUUGGAAUUGUUGGACAAAAAAUGACAACUUUGCAACACAGGUCACAAGGUGACCCUGAGGAUCCUCAUGAUGAACAUUAUCUGCUAGCCACACAAAGUAAGCAGGAGCAGUCUGCAAAAGCUACAGCUGAUAGAAAAUCUAUGUCGAAGCCUGGUGCGUUUGAGGGAGACUUGAGAGGCCAAGCCUCAGACAUUUCAGAGAGGAUCUACCCACAAGAAGUGGAACUGGGAUCUUCCCAGAGUGACUGUAUGAUAUCUGGAAAUGAUUCAGAGGAACCUUUAACUGCACACAUGUCCAGGAAAACAGCUAUUUCUCAGUUUGAAGGCAAAGCCUUAGGCCUUGACAAAGCCAUUCUUCAUAGUAUUGACUGCUGCGCAUCUGAUGAUACAAAAAAGAAGAUGUACAGCUCCAUCUUAGUAGUGGGAGGAGGCCUUAUGUUUCAUAAAGCUCAAGAGUUUCUUCAACACCGAAUUCUCAACAAAAUGCCACCUUCUUUUAGAAGAGUCGUUGAAAAUGUUGAAGUCAUCACAAGACCGAAGGAUAUGGAUCCCCGCUUAAUUGCAUGGAAAGGAGGUGCAGUUUUAGCCUGUCUUGAUACAACUCAGGAGCUAUGGAUAUAUCAGCGAGAAUGGCAGCGUUUUGGUGUCAGAAUGUUACGAGAGCGAGCUGCAUUUGUAUGGUAAUGGAUAUGUUUACAGUGGAACAUGAUUAAUUGGUGAUUCUUUUCCCCAAAUGCCCCCUUUUCCAGUGCAGAUGUAUUGAUCUUCUGCUGAUAGAUAUUUUUGUAUUUUAUUAAAACUAACUUCAACUGAGAUUUUUCCAAAAGUGGUGCAAGUCUUCAGCAUUGCUAUACUUCAUCUUUUGAAUUGUAUGCGUUGAAUUCUGUGUACAAAGUAUCACAGUCAUCUCCAAAUUCACUACAUUUAUAUUAUGUAGGUUACGUACAUUAAAAUCGCACAGUGUGGGAAUUUGAGGUAUAAAAUACUGAUGUGGCAGAUGUUAAGCCAAGAUUCAUUCCAGAUUCAUUCCAGUACACAGAAGCAAUAGCUGAAGAGUGCAGGCUGUGGGCUUAAUGCCUUAUUCCGAUUCAUACUCUAACGUAACCAGGAGAUGAAAUUGUUACGUAAGCAAUCAUCAUGGAAAAAGUGUAAUGGAGAACCCAAACUACAGUUGCUGUUGGUAUUUUGCUUAUAUAAUAAAUCAUAUUAUUCAGCAGAAAGACUUAAGAAUUUGAAAGUGGAGUAUUUUUUCUUGCCUGUUCUCAUCAUCAAAAGCUCUUGCUAGCUUUUCAUUAUCCAUGGCAGUUAUCCACUCUUUUCCCUAUUUAAAAAAUCCAAUAUAAUACACUCAAAAGAGCUAGAUGCAUUUUCAUAUAGCCAGCACCAACCUCAGUCCUAUGGUACAGGCACAUGAGCUUUUUCUCCCAACAAAUAUUCCUUAGUUACAGAAGUGCUAUUUGUUAGGUUUUUUUCUUCUGUAAUGAAGGCUCCCGCCACCCUCAGAUCACACCUCAAAUCC